GAGGGUGUGGAAUCUAACGUCUUAAGAUUUCGAAUGAGAUUUCGAAUGGAGACAAUGGAGACACAUGAAUAUUUACAGAAUUAUGUCGUUGAAAGUGCGGAAGCAACUGAAACUGAUGAACAAGGUCUUUUUACUUGUUACGUUCCUCAUCAAGUACAACAAAUCCGACUCAAGCGGUCAAGAACAAAAUUCCAAGUAAUUGGUAAACGUGAUGAAAUUAUCGAUUGGUUAGAAAAGCACCGCAAUGUUGUAUGCGAAUACAUACAUCAUGAUGAAAGUCAAGAAUUUAAAUUCGAUUCUCAAAAACGAGGAAGCACAAGAUCCAAAAGGUCUACUAAGUCUACUGCAGAACGUGCAAUCCUCUUAUUUGAGCUUUAUUAUGAUCAAGAAAAUGAAAAAGAAUCAUCUCAUAAUACUAUGAUUAAAAAGAUUCUCCCCUUCAGUGGAAAAAAACGAAUGGUAAUGGAAAUUAGACCGUACGUUCGUGGAGAGGAGUAUGAAUAUCAUAAGAAUUUAAUCCGAAGAAAUGUUGGUGUGAGUGGUGUAGCAUUACGACAGAUUUUGGACGUGUGGACGAGUAAUCCUUGUUCACGUCGCCAACGAAGUCAUAGGGUGGGGUGUGAUUAUGAAUAA